UCUCUCCCGUCUUUCUCUCCCGUCUUUCUUCUCUCUCUGCCCUCUAUCUCUCUCCCUGCGCUCCUCACCCUCCUGUCUUAUUAACGCGAUGAUGAGGAGAGACCGCCUGCUCCUGGUUGUGACCCUCGGAGCCGUCUUCACCGCUGACUUUUACUUCAUCCUGCUCCCCAAGCUCCGGCCCAGACAACAAGGACCAGGAGAGCACUGCCUUUGUCCCCUCUCCAGGGGGCCUAACCUCACCCUCGGCGGGUACAGUGCCGUUGACACACCCUGGCUAUCCAACGCCUCCUUCGUAGACCUCCAGGCAACGUGGUUCGAAGGCCUGGAUGACUCAACGGAAGGGCUCUCAAAGCUGGGGAGGCUGUUUGCUCACCCGCUUUACAACAUCCAUACGCCGGAGCUGGGUGCGGAAGAGAAGCUGCUGCAGCCUGAGGAUCUGAUGGGAUAUUACAGGAGGAAGGUCUCACGCUGGGAGAGGCAUAUGAAGCUUUACAGCGAGGCAGCAGCAGCCGUAAAUGUGACGGUGCCGGAACACCAGGUCAGCUUUGACCCUGAGGCCAGCUGGCUGAAGUUCCACCUGGGCAUCAACCGCUACGCCCUGUAUUCCCGAGACGACCCCGCUGUCACCCGCCUGCUCCGAGACAUGCAGGCCACCGCGGUCAUCAGCGCAGAUUACACUCAAGACGAAAAAGCACUUAAAGGAUCUUGUGACUGUACCCAGGUGGUAAAGCCCAGUGGACAUCACCUCAAGUUGGCUCUGAAGUUGCAGAACUUUGGCAAGGCCAUGUUUAAACCCAUGAGACAGCAGAGAGACCAGGAGACUCCUGAUGAUUUCUUCUACUUUGUCGACUUCCAGAGACACAAUGCUGAGAUUGCCGCGUUUCACCUGGACAGGAUUCUGGACUUCCGGAGGGUUCCGCCGGUGGUAGGCAGACUGGUAAACGUGACAGGGGAUAUUUUACUGACCACUCACAAUGAAGACCUGAAGAGUGUGUUCUUUACCUCUCCAGCGAACAACACGUGUUUCUUCGCCAAGUGUCUGUAUGUGUGCAAGACGGAGUAUGCAGUGUGUGGGAGCCCUGACCUACUGGAGGGCUCCAUGUCGGCCUACCUCCCAGGGCUCAGCAUCGCCCCUCGUAUCUCCAUCCCCAACCCGUGGAUAAGAUCAUACUCCUUCACUGGCAGAGAGGAAUGGGAGGUGAACCCCUUCUACUGUGACAACAUAAAGCAGCUGUAUCCCUACAACUCAGGAAACAGACUGCUCAACAUCAUAGACAUGGCCAUCUUUGACUUCCUCAUAGGUAACAUGGACAGGCACCAUUACGAGAUCUUCACCAAGUUCGGAGAUGAAGGUUUCCUUCUGCACUUUGACAAUGCCCGCGGGUUUGGGAAGCAUUCUCGGGAUGAGAUAUCCAUUCUGGCCCCCCUGUCACAGUGCUGUAUUAUAAAGCGUUCCACGUGGCUUCGGCUUCGACUCCUCUCCCAGGACCGCUACAGGCUCAGCGACGUGAUGAGGGAGUCCCUGGGAGGAGACACAUUGCGGCCGGUCCUCGCGGAGCCCCACCUCCAGGCCCUGGAUCGCCGACUGCAGCGCGUCCUGAAGAGCGUCCACAGAUGCGUCCGUAGGCUGGGAGAGGCUCAGGUGAUCACCACUGACUUCAUUGACACGGCCAACACGCCCGGUCCAGUCAAACCUGUGGCCGCACCCGACAAUAAGACGUAACCAAGGUUACUAAGGAACCCAUUUGGAGGAGGCCGGUGUGGAUCAGGUGGACGGACAUGCCCUGUGGUAAGGGAAUAGGGUGAUUUUGGAUGUAUCCUGUAGGCCAAAGACAGCAUGAACCUGACGGCAGGUAAUCCCAUCCCGCAAAAGCACAAAAACUGGUUUCUCUGAGAGUAUGGAUAUGUGAAUCCUUCUAAACUAGUCUUUGAAGCCGAACUUUUGUGAUGAUACGGCCUGUUUUGACAACUGACAGCGGCGCUUCCUUCCUGCACUGUCAAAAUGUCCCCCACCGCCUUGGGCUGUGAGGGGAUGUAUGCGUGACCUGGACCAUCCAAGGAGCCAAACGACUGUGGAAGAAGCACUGGAUAAUUUAAGAUGAUUUUAGCUUAACACUCUUCUUCAGAACCCACCAUUCAUAUGACAUCAAUAAAUACAUUUAGGGUCUGCUUUUUUAGAUGACUAUGCUUUCAAUUCAGUUUAGUUUUCACAUGGGUACUGUAAGGUAAUAUUGCAAUAGCUGUUUUAUAACAUAGAAAUGUUUAAAUAAAGUCCUGAUUUUGGUGCCUGAAGAUAAAUAAAUAGUUUGUAAAUGA